AUGGGAAGCAUACCUGUUCUCAUUAAACAUACUGGUAGUAUGAACAACAUUGAACAACAAUAUGAAGAUUACAUCAGUGAUGCAAUACUGUUGAGCAUAAAUACUUCAUACAACCAACUGCGCGAAGUACUAGCUUUGCACAUGGAUGUCGAUCUGACAUGCAAAAGCAUUCAAAUUGAAUAUCAGUUAACAGAUAUUGAAGAAAAGAAUAGUUUUAAUGAAUUCGUUAGUUCAUCAAUAUGUAACGCUGCGAGUAUGAAUCUAUCUAUCACUGUGGAUAAUGUUGUGAAUACAAGUACUGAAAGAGCAUUGAUAGUUACUAAUUCAGAUGAAUGUUUGGAUGUAUUGGAUAUUGACGCAACUAAAGUAAUUAUCUCGGACCCACAUCACAAACAUAUUGAGGUUGAACAAGUUUAUAUCUUGAAAAGGGUGUUAAAAUCUGUGAUGGAGGAUUACACGAUUCGAGAGAAGUUUCAAUCACGAUCUGUUAGAUCAAGUAAAACCUGUUACACAUCAAUAUACAAAUCACGUAAUUAUGAUUUUUUAUUCCGUGCAUCUGAUAUCAACAAAUCAGGAAUAUUUUGUGUUAGAGAAUUCUUAUCCGAACACACAUGUCCGAUAAAGGAUAAGAUUUACCCUAAGUUUCAUGCUACUAGUAAGUUGAUUGGAGGUAUCGUGAAACAAAAGUUUAAAAACCACAAAAUAAAGUACAGUGCAAUUGAAAUCAGAAGUGACAUGAAGGAAGACAUUAGUAUGGAUUUGACGUAUAUUAUGUGUUGGCGAGCUAAGGAACAAGCACUUGAAGAUUUGAGAGUAAAACCUUUGGCAUCAUACGGAAAACUACCUACAUACAUUCAUGUUUUGAACACUACUUAUCUAGGUUCACAUAUACGAAUGAAAAAGCAUGAAGAUAAUGAGUUUUUACCUGUGAUAGUUGUUGAUGUAAGUUAUCUUAGAGGACUAUACAUUGGCACAUUUGUAGCUGCAUGUACCAUGGAUGGAGCUGGCCAUAUAUUUUCAUUGGCAUAUGAAAUAGUAGAUUCUGAAAAUGAUGCAUCCUGGACAUGGUUCUUUCAGAAUCUAAAGGAAGCAUACGGUGAAAGAGAACAUAUGUGUGUAGUUUUCGAUCGUAACCCAAGCAUUAUAAAAGUUGUUGCUGGAGUGUACAAUAAUGUACCAUAUUACGCUUGUAUGUGGAAUCUAUGGGGUAAUGUGAAAAAAAAUUUUAGGAAGUCAUAUGAUGCAUUGUCUGAAAUCUUCUAUACCAUGGCGAAAUCAUACUCAAAGUCUGAAUUUCAUAAUUUAAUGGAGAAAGUGGAGGUAGUUGAUGUUAGGGUGAAGAAUUACUUGGAGUUGGCAGGAUACUAUAAGUGGGCUAGGUCAUAUGCAACAUUUCAUAGGGGAUGGACCUUAACAUCAUAUAUUGCAAAGUCAAUUAAUGUUGCACUGGUAUCAGCUAGAGAACUUCCAAUAUAUGAUUUUUUAGAGGAAUUUAGAUUGAUGUUUGGUAUAUGGAACUGUGAAAACAGACAGGAGGCAUUGUACACACGCACGGAUCUUAUUGAAAAAUUUCAAGCAAUUCUCCAACAGAAUGAAGCAGAGUGUACACGUAUGAAGGUUAUACCAGCGUCAGACAAGAAUCUUGAAAAAGGACCAUAUUGCUUUAAUCUAUACAAGCCAAAAACUAUACUGAGAACAUAUGAUCUUUCUGUAUAUCCUCUACCACAUAAAGAUGAUUGGGUGAUACCUCAGAAAAUUUUAGACAAAGUAGUUUUGCCCCCAAAAUACAAGCGGCCCCCUGAAAGACCUGCAAAGAAGGAGCGCGGUAAAUCAGGAAAAGAUAUGUUUGGAAAGAAAAGCAAAAAUUAUUGUAGUUCAUGCGGACAAAAACGUCACAAUAGGCGUUCAUGUAGGAAGUACAACAAAUGA